CUUCGAAGGAGGGCACUGGGCGGGCUGAGCCGGAGGCGAUUCAAUCCAAAUUGCACGUUGGGAGAGCUUGCAUCCAGGGCGUGUGCAAGGUAUUUGUUUGAGAGCAGCCUUUAGGCCUGUGGCAGCCUGCCUGCUUCGAGCCUCCCGGCCAGGCUCCCUGGGGAUCCCUCUCGCAAGAUGCGAGGCAUUCUUGGAGGAAUCUGACGUGAAUACAUCUCGGUAUGUCCGCCCCAAACGUGCCUGAGCUGGGCACAGGACACGAAGACCUCGAGUCUGAUCCGGAGAGGUCUUCGUUUCCUUACAAAGAAAAAGCAGUGCCUCGGGUGAAGUAUGCUGCAGAUGGAAAGGGCAGAGUCCUUGCUUGGACUUUCUCUGUCGCUGUUGUGUUCAGCAUAGUUACGUUGAUCUCCAGAUCUCAGGCGCGGUUCUCCAAUUAUGUCCCCAGCCUGUUCUUGCCGGCGCAAGCUGUGGAGCAGUGCCCGGACUGGUUCGCUGCAGUGGCCGACGAGUUCUCCCCCUGGAAGGAGAAGGGGGGAAUUGACCUCGCCGACGUGGAGGCGGCACAGCCAAUGGCGUCCAGUCGCUUUCAGAUCAUCAAUGGCUCUCUCUAUGCGGAGGACUUCAAGGGGUGCUGGCAGACCCGGAAGCGGUACAGCAUGUGGGGCCUGCUGAUGUUCCUGCGCCACUUUGGCGAUGUUGUGCCGGACGUGGACUUCAUGUUUGACUGCGGGGACAUGCCCCAGGCCCGCCGGAGCCCCCACCCCAGUGAUCCAAUCCCUGCGCUCUGGGGGUAUAACAGACAAGAGGAGAGCAUCGACCUCACGCUGCCGGACUGGUCGUUCUGGGGGUGGCCGGAAGUGGAGAUCACGCGCUGGGAGGAGCACGGCCAGAAGAUCAUGGAUGCGGGGAGGACAUUCGCGGACUGGGAGGAGCGGAAAGCCACGGCGUUUUGGAAGGGCGCCCUGGAUGUGACUGCGGGGCUCACUGCGGGGCUGCGCGCCAAUCUGACCGCCUGCACCGCGGAUCCGGCCAAUGGGGUGGAGGCAUACGGAAAAGACUGGCGGGCGGGAGGGUUCAGCGACACGCGCCAGUGGGAGCAGUGCGGCUGGAGGUACCGCAUUUACGCGGAGGGCUUUGCGUGGAGCGUGAGCAUGAAGUACGGCAUGGCGUGCGGCGCAGUCAUGCUGGUCAUCGACCCCUUCUUCGCCGCCUUCUACCACCCCGGCCUGGCCUAUGGCACCAACGCGCUGCUCGUGCGCCGCGUGCCCCUCUGCGAGUCCUUCCGGGAACAGAUCACAUGGGCGAACGCGCACCCUGCGGAAGCAGAGGCUAUUGGGCGGGCGGGGCUGCGGUUUGUUGAGGAGGACCUGAGCAUGCGCCACGUGUACGACUACAUGCUGCACAAGUUUGAGCUGUAUGCGCAGCUGCAGACAUUCACUCCCAUGCGGGGAGAGCGCUCCGUGCUUGUGACUGAGGCCGAUAUCCUGCGGGAGGCAUCGGAAAUUGAGCCGGGCAAGUACCUGGUCGAGGAGGUCCCGUUACGCGGCAGGCCAGCGUGCCGUAUGCAUGCGCAGUGAAAACGGGUGGUUUCAUGGUUACAUCCUGUUGACCAAGUGAAGCUGACAAGUGCUGAAUCAACCCCUCCAUCAAGCUGGCUUGAGUGAUGUAAUCUGACUUUUCUGAGGACCGAGGCUACGAGAAUGUUGGCUGUGUAUGCUUGACUUGAUCAAAGUCAAACAGGGUGGCAGUGUUCUGUCCAUCAACGGUAGUCGCGGCCACUGUUGAAAGGGGCUGUUUUAUUUGGUGCGUUGGCCCUCAAUCACUCGUCGCAAG